GAUGGUGCUUUGUCCCUGCAGCGGAGCUGUUAUUGAUCGUGGGUGAAGGGAUCGUCGGCCUGUCCGCCUUGGGCGUCUUUGUGUUGCCCCAGUGGCAGGAUGCUGUUCCUCCGCGAUCAGUGCAGGAAAUGAUAGCGUUGGCCAUACCUUGCUUUGCGCAGCCCUUCGUUGCUGCGCCCGCAGCUGCCGCACUGCCGCAGCUUGGGCCAGGCCUGCCGAAAGGCUCAUCAGAUCGUGAGAAGAUUUUCGUCGGUGGUCUUCCGCACCACUGCACGCUGGACAUGCUCACUGCUCACUUCAGCAGAUAUGGGCGGAUAACAGAUGCCGUGGUCAUGGCCGAUAAGGCUACGGGCAAGCCCCGUGGUUUUGGCUUCGUGGUCUUUGAGCACAUCUCCUGCGUUGAGGCAGCAAUCCGUGACUACGGAAAGCACGCUAUUGACGGCAAGUGGGUGGAUGUCAAGCGCGCCACGCCGCAGGAUCAAGCAGCACCCCCACCACAGGUGUUCGCGCCAGCACCUGCUGCAGCCGCAGAUGUCCGCAGCGCGUCUCCGCCGAACCUGAAUGCUUCGCCGGAGAAGCCGACCUUGGCGCCCUUUAACGAGGUUCCCCCUCCGCGCUUCGAUGAUGCAGGGCCCCCUGCUGCACGUAACGAGAGCUACGACCCCUUCGGCUAG